AUUGAAAUAUGGCUCUGAGUUUGGAUUUUAGGCGAACGGCCACGAUGAGCUUCUUCGCGCAGGGCGUUCAAACUCCGACGCUAAAGACGUGCGUCGAAGACGAACUGGACGGAUACAUUGAGGAGGAGGAGGCGCCUCUGAAGCGGCUUAGACCGGGUACAAACGGCCUGAAGGGGCUGCAGCUGGACGGUCGAUUUGUUUCUGCGACAGACGGAUCUCUACCGACCACCCCAGAUCCGGAGGAGCUCGACUACGCCGAACUGGAACGCGAUACUCGGCAGCUCUUAUUGGAUUUUUACCGCACACACACGGGAAUGUGUCCGGUAGACCGUAAACUCCAUCACGCCAUACCGACGAUGAAGCGAGUGGUCGACAAUAUUCUCGUGAAGCACCAGAUCGCAUACAAAGGAAUGAUCCAGCGUCUUCAGCUGGACUCUCAGCCGGCCUCUCUGGACUUCAUCAGAUGUAUAGCAAGCACCAUGUUUAAAGAUGGCGUCACUAACUGGGGCCGAAUUGCGAGUCUGGUGGCGUUCGGGGCCGUGGUUUGCUCUCGAUUGAAGGAGCUCCAGCAGGAUCAGUGUGUGGAGAGGGUGGCUGAGCAGAUCUCCUCAUAUCUGACCUCAGAACAGCAGGACUGGAUCCUCAAAAACAAGAGCUGGCAUGGGUUCGUGGAGUUUUUCCACCAGGAGGACGUAGAGUCUGUUGUCCGUCAUGGUCUGUUGGCGCUGGUCGGAUGUGCCGGUAUCGGUGCCGGUCUGGCCUUCCUCAUCCGGUGAGAGAAAGCAGAGGAUCAUGGGACUUUUCUUCGCUCUGCUCUCACCAAGGCGCUUAGAAGUGUUACAAAGAGAAUCUUCCCCUGCGCCGCUGUACUGACCUGAGCCCCGCUCACUCGCAGCACACGAUUGGGCUCGCCGUCGGUCAAGAGAAUAAGAACAUUGGUUUUAUUUUUAUAAUAAAAGAACUAUCUUUACCUACUCAUUUGUCUGCAUUGUUUGAUUUCAUGUGUAUUGGUCAUUGUUGAUGUGUAAAUCUACUGGAGUUUCUGUUUCACAGCAAUGUUCUCGUGAAGCACCAGAUCGCACACAAGGGUAAGAGUCGCGCAUGCGCAGCCGCUAUUCUGUCAACAAAGCUACGCUCAGAGUGAAGUUGUUUGGUAUAUCUGCACAUUCAGACGUAUUCAGUUCAGAAAAGAACUAAAUUGAGAAAUAAUAAAAUUAGCCAAUGGCUAUCAAUGCACAA